CUGGCUGGAGCCAUGGCUCUGAAAGUGACCCCCAUGCUGCUGCUGCUACUGGCUGCUGCGCUGGUGCUGUUGGGAGCAUCAGCCAGCCAGGAGCAGUAUGACCGAUUCCUCCUGCAGCACUUUGAUGCAAAGCCCAAGGGUCGUGACGACCGCUACUGCAACAACCGCAUGCGCUACAUGAUGAAGGAGGACAGGAGGAGGUACCCAAAUCCUGGGCCAAAAGUCUGCAAGGAGACAAACACCUUCAUUCAUGGGAACAGUGACGAUAUCAAAGCCAUCUGCACUAGCCAUGGAGGCAGGAACUAUGUAACCAGAACCAGGCAGGCCAUGCGCCAGAGCCUCAGACCAUUCCAGAUCACCCACUGCACCUGGCACGGAGGUAAACCCCUCGACAACUGCCAGUACCGGGCGGCCCGGGACUCUAGGAUGAUCAUCAUCGCAUGCGACAAGCAUGAGCACCCCGUGCAUUUUGCAGAGAGCCAGAUCUGA